AAUCUACUUCCAAACUUGGGAGCACUCAAUUUUACAAGCAUCCUACCAAUCCUGCUAAAUGACUUUGUUGUAUUUAAAGAUCUUGAGGGGGAAAAUCAUUUUUUUUAAGGAUCUACGAACUUCCGACUCUCAAACCCUCGAUGACAGAAACUACAGCCUCGAUUUAACAGUUUGGCCGCGUUUUUCUGCACAUUCCGAAGACUGAAACCUAAUGUCCAUUUUUUAUUGAGUGGAAACAGCCGUGGAGAGACGAUUUCUACUCGAGGUCAACGGGCUUUCUGGGACCUUGAGAAAGCGAUCUACGAUAGAAAAAAACGAUGAUUGAAUACAAACACUCAUAAGGAAACGUGGAAAAUGAUGAAGGAAAUUUAGGCCGGAUCUUUAAGGAUUUCACCCGAUGGCGUUGAGAAUACAAAACGAGGAUGCUAAAAGUGAUCGUCCAAAAAGCUCAUUUAUAACUGAACAACAGCAACAAAGACCACCGAUGAAAAAUAGGUUUUCAAGUCCACCGGGAAGUCUUAUUUUAGUCAGCGAGCAAGACCUCGAUUGUGAAUCUACCUCAGCAUUACGUGUUCCAUCUCCUGAUGUUGGUAGGAGACCAGGAUUGAGUAGAAGACAUUACUAUGGUUCCCUGGAAACUCUGAACACGGUGAAUGGUAACUACGAAACGUCUGGAGUAACGCCGAAGUUUCGCAUCGAAAGCGGAGAAAUCGGAGGCCUGCAGAACGGAAGUCCAACGUCAAGUCAAGGAAGUGUGGUUCAUUUGGAAAACCCUGAGUUCCAAACACGAUGGUACUUCAAGUACUACUUGGGCAAAGUUCAUCAAAACUACAUUGGAGUGGAUGGCAAACAGAAUCCUUUUAUAUUAUCAAUAUGCCUAACCGCAGCAGAUAACUACGAUGUACCACAGUACAGAGCGAUCUUGUGGAAGAAAACUUCGCUGAAAUUGAAAACUAUAGUAAAAGGUGACGCCCCUACGAGCCUCAUUACGACGUCAGCCAAUGUCAAAGCUGAGCCAUGGCAACAGCAGACCGUAUAUGAAGAUUUCCCUCAUAAAAUAUUGUGUGGAGAUUCUUGGGGUGAUGCUUUAGUUCUCGGUACCGAAAGUGGAAUCUUCGUCGUACUCGGUGAUAGCAUUCGUCAGUUAUUCGACAAGUCAGUCAUCACCAAGCAGCUAAGUGUAGACGAAGCCUAUGGUCUGCUGUUGUUUCAUGUAGAUAAAGGAAAGGAUUUCCACAAUUCGAGAAUCUGCGCCUUUAAACUGUUUAACUUCGAGGAUGAAGAUCAGGUGGCCAAAGCUAAAGAUGACUGUAAGCAACACAAGUUACCCAAAACGAAAGGAUGUCAUCUGUAUGCUGUCAGUCAUACUAGUGGCAGCCAACCACUGUUCAUGGGCGUGGCCUGCGGCAAAAAAGUUCUCCUGAUGAAAUGGAAAUACCCUGUUGUAUGGAACACGUCAGCAGCUGCUACUAGUGGUACACGAGAGCUUAUCGAGGGGUUCGUUGUUGUCAAGGAAAUAACGAUGAGUGAUUCCCCGCUAUUGAUGACAGUCACCCUAGCAGCGAACAAAGAUUCCCUGUUGUGCGUCGGCUACAAGCAUUUCUUCGACCUCAUUCGACACACGGGGGAGACAACCAGGCUACAUUCUGUUGAUACACAAAAGAAAACAACUCUGGUGUCUGCUGUUGAUGUGUAUGAGGACGAAGAACCCGAGCUACUGCUCUCUUUUAAUCAUCAGUCCGUCUUCAAAAAACUCAGCGGCGAACAAUCUUCAAACUUUUAUUUUAACUGGAACUCAGCUCCUCGAUCGAUUGUCUGUGCAUUUCCUUAUUUAUUGGCCUUCACAAACACGACCAUUGAAAUCCGCCUGGUUGUCAAUGGCAACCUGGUCCAUACGCUCGCACUUCCAAAACUCGAGUUGAUAACUUCCAAGUGGGAUAUAUACUUCGCGGCGUCGCCACCCAAAAGAACAAGUGUGUUGUCAAAUGACCAAACCACCCAGUCCAAUUCCUGUCCUCCUUCCCCGACGCUACCAAGAGAACAUAGCUGUAUAUAUAAGAUAUCAUUGUAUUCAUUAAUGGGACAAUUCUUAUCACCAACGCUAAARUGUUCUGAAGAAUUCCCCAAAACGACAGCAUUCACAGAAGAAGGAGCAGACACAGAAGAUGGGCAUGAAGCAGAGUCACGUGACUCGCUCGGCUCACCAGUAAUCGAAGCAAAUUCAACGUUGUUGCCACAAAAGGACGCUCUUUCUCGAACUCAUUCUUGCCCGAUACCUGCGAGGGAAACUUUGUCGGUUUUUUCUGAGGAAGUUGAGCUGUGGAAUCGACGAGGAAGCAGGGACAAGGAGGACUUUAGUCAAACUCUCAAGACGUGACCAAAUGGGUAUGACUUAUAUUCGUCGGUAUAUUUUGAACUUGGUUUCAUCGAGGAAUCUCCCGAUAGGAGAAGCGGAAAGUAAAGGAAUCACUAUAGGUUCGUGCUAGCAGAGUUUAAAUGGCCAAAGAUCUGUGGCUAUCGCUCUACCCACGAGAAUAGAAUUCCAGUUUUGAGGGUGAAUACAUACAGUACUCCAUGUUGCCUUGUAAGACGAGGAAAGCAGUUGGAUAAAACAACGCAGUUUUUAUGGAGAGAAGAAUUAAUUUAUCUGACUUGAUGCAGAGGAUCUAGAUUCAUUCUUGAUUCAGUCCACAAGGAUGGUUUUAAGUUGUUUCUAGCUCCGUCCGAGCGUUUUAGAUUUGAUGUUGACUUGUAAAACUCUUAUGAAGAGAGAAGAGAAGUUGUAUCUGGCUUGAUGCAGAGGAUCUAGAUUCAUUCUUGAUUCAUUCCACAGGGAUGGUUUUAAGUUGUUUCUAGCUCCUGGCUUUUCAGACUUGAUGUUGGUUCGUGAAACGACUUGUGUGAAAAAUUAUGUACUAUUUACUCAGGUUACAUUGCAGGCAUUUUCUUAAUUACGCGACCAGGACAACAGUCCAAAAGUUCCAUUCAUCCGUCAAUCACAUAUUCGACGAUCUGAGCACAGGCAGCCCAAACAAGGUUCCUGUGUAUGGUUUAUAAGGGAGUGUAUGGGAGUUAUGAUAACGUUAUGAAAAUA